AUGGGCUCCACGGAGACAUCCUCUUCGAGCCCGGGGCUGCAGAGCCCCCCAGAACUCGCUAUCCAAGAGUCUAGGGUGUUGAUCAUCAUGACUGGAGGCACAAUCUGCAUGCAACCAUCGCCACAUGGAUUCAUCCCUGCUAGAGGGUUCCAAGAGAACUGCAUGGCCCGGGUACCAUGCUUCAACGAUGGCUCUGCCCCUGCCGAGAUGGACGUGGUGACCAAGGGAGGACGCGAUAUCACUCCGCAUCCCAGUCUACGCACUCCGGUCACGACCUACGGCCGUCAAGUGCGCUACACCGUCUACGAGUUCGAGGAACUCUUGGACAGCAGCUCUAUCAAUGCCAAGGGCUGGGCGGAGAUUGCGCAGACCAUUUUCCAGAACUACACUUUCUUCGAUGGCUUCGUCGUUCUGCACGGUACCGAUAGUUUGGCAUAUAGUUGCUCUGCGCUGAGCUUCAUGCUGCAGAACCUUGGAAAGCCCGUCGUCCUCACGGGGUCUCAAGCGCCAAUGCUCGAGCUCCAAAACGAUGCUACGGAUAACUUGCUCGGUUCCCUGGUAGUGGCCGGCCACUUCAUGAUCCCCGAGGUAUGCUUGUACUUUAACAACAAGCUCUUCCGGGGUAAUCGCACCACCAAGGUGGCUGCCAGCGACUUUGCUGCCUUUGAUGCGCCCAAUUGCCCGCCGCUGGCCGUGACCACUUCGAUGCGCACCAAUGUCAACUGGGACAUGGUCCACCGGCCGACAACCUUGGAGCACUUCCGUAUUCAGACGAACCUGGAUACGGCCCAUGUCGCGUGCCUUCGUAUCUUCCCGGGUAUCAAACCGGAGAUGGUGGAUGCCGUAUUGAAGCUGGAUGGGCUACGUGGCUUGGUGUUGGAGACGUUUGGAGCAGGAAAUGCCCCAUCUGGACAAGACAACGCCAUGAUUAACGUGCUGGCCGCCGCCAUUCGACGAGGAAUCGUGAUUGUCAACGUGACUCAAUGUAGUGUUAGUCCUGUCUAUGCUACAGGAAUGAGCCUCUCCCGGGCCGGUGUUGUCGCGGGCCUUGACAUGACGACAGAGGCAGCGUUGACGAAACUGGCGUACCUGCUCGCGUUACCAGACUCCACUCCGGAAUCUGUAGCUAAGAACAUGUCAGUAUCACUCCGGGGCGAGUUGAGCGAAUCGUCGCUGCCGGUCUUCCGUCAUCCGGACGGUGCGCUGCCCGAGCGCGUGCAGACGCUGACGGCAAUGGGAUACGCCAUUGCGCAAGGCGAUCUCGAACGGGUCAAGACGAUCCUCAAGACGGAACACCACUGGCUGCUUAAUGAUGCAGAUUAUUCAGGGAACACGCCUAUCCACUUGGCGGCUACUUCCCCUGCGAUUUCGAUUCUCCACUUCUUGCUAUCGCAUGGUGGCUCCGUUCACUUGCGCAAUCGCAAUGGACGUACCCCGCUGUUCCUGGCGGCGAAUGCGGGCCUAUCAGAGCACGUCUUGCUGUUGCGGAAAUCUGGUGCUCAUCUACACUCUGAUGAGCGACCGGCGGCCGAGCUUCUGGCCCGGCGGCGUCCCGGAGUCUGGGGUUUAGCGGGCAUUGACCCACGUGAGAACAACCAACGCGAGAUGGACGAGGAAGAUCAAAACGCCGGGCGCAGUCGGACAUUGAUGGCCGGGUCAGCACCGUGA